AUGGGUUCUCUACCAGCAUUUCCAAACGGUUACCCUCUGAAACAAACCCUAAUUGACGAAACUACCCUCACCGAUCUCUUCAAAUCUCAGCAAAACCACCUGAACUUCUUCUUCGACCGCAUCGACCAUUCCCAAACCCUAGCCUUCACACGCACUCUCCUCAACACCUCCGGCACCGUCUUCUUCACCGGCGUCGGCAAAUCCGGCUUCGUCGCGCACAAAAUCUCUCAAACACUCGUCUCCCUCGGCAUCCGAUCUUCCUUUCUCUCCCCCGUCGAUGCUCUGCACGGCGACAUCGGAAUCCUCACCGAUCGCGAUGUGCUCGUUCUGCUUAGCAAAUCUGGUGCCACCGAGGAGCUUAUUCGCCUUGUCCCUUGCGCUAGAGCGAAAGGUGUGCGUAUUAUCGCUGUGACGUCUGUUGAAGGGAACGCGCUUUCCGCGGUGUGUGAUAUGACUGUGCAUUUGCCGUUGGAGAGAGAGCUUUGUCCGUUUAACCUUGCGCCGGUUACUUCUACGGCGAUUCAGAUGGUUUUUGGUGAUACGGUGGCGAUUGCGCUCAUGGCUGCACGGAAUCUUACUAAGGAUGAGUAUGCUGCUAAUCAUCCCGCCGGGAAAAUCGGCAAGAGCCUCAUCUUUAAGGUAAGAGAUGUGAUGAAGAAAGAUGAGGAGCUUCCGAUAUGCAGGGAAUCAGAUUUGAUUAUGGAUCAGCUUGUGGAGCUUACGAGUAAAGGAUGUGGAUGCCUUCUUGUUAUUGAUGAUGAUCGCCGUCUGAUUGGGACAUUUACUGAUGGUGAUCUGCGUCGUACCCUCAAAGCUAGCGGAGAAGGCAUUUUCAAACUCACUGUAGGGAAAAUGUGCAACAGGAAUCCGAGAACUAUUGGUCCAGAUGCUAUGGCAGUGGAUGCCAUGAAGAAGAUGGAAGCCCCUCCAUCACCAGUCCAAUUUUUGCCUGUGAUAGAUGAUGACAAUAUUGUGAUUGGGAUUGUCACGUUGCAUGGUUUGGUUUCAGCUGGGUUGUGA